AGCGAUCGCUGGGCUCAGGCCCGGCAGCAGGAAGUGACUCGCAGCCGCUGCGGGGACUCUGGCUCCAGGCUCCUGGCGAGAUCCCCGAGCCCCGGCGGCUGGUGCUGGGAGCCCGGAGCCCGGGCUGCAGCCGGGAGAGGGGAAUCUCCAGCAGGGCCCUUCCCGCUGCUCCCCAGGAGCCUCUCCCAGGGCAGAGCCCCCAGCCCGGCCAGGCCCCUUCCCGGCCCGGCCCCUGCCCCAGGGGGGCCCCGCUCGGAGGGAAGGCUGAGGAAUCACGUCCACGUUUUGCUCCAGAUGGGCCCAUCUUCCAGGAGACAGGGAAGGGAAAUGUCUGUGAUGGAGCCAGCUCCGAUGCCGGUGACCUUCGAGGAGGUGGCUGUGUAUUUCACCCAGGGGCAGGGGGCUCUCCUGGACCCUGCUCAGAGAGCUCUCUACAGGGACGUCAUGCAGGAGAACUACGAGACGGUGACCUCACUGGGAUUCCCCCUUCCCAAACCUGAGCUGAUCGCCCGGCUAGAACGAGGGGAAGAGCCCUGGGUUUCUGAUCUCCAAGUCUGCGAGGAAAGAAGGCUUCUUAGAAGCACCCGUACAGGUGCUGAGCGAGGGAGUGAGAAUGAGGCGGGGAAUCAUCAUGAGGAAGUUCCUGGGGAACUGGAACCGCAGGGGACCUUCUUGGGAAGAGCUGAAGGGAAUUUUUCCCAGUGCUUGGAGCAGGCAGAAGCCUUGGGAAGUUGGCACAGGUCAGAGAGGCUUCUGGGACACCUCCCAGGGAAGAAAGUGGAUGAAUCUGUUAACGGUGGGGGAGGAGAGGAGGAUCCCACAGCGCCGCAGACAAAUGCCAAGAAAGAGCCACCCUGGCACUACCUUCAGUCUCUCGAGUGCGGGAAAUGUUUCAUAUCAAAGACACAAAUAAUUAGACAUCAGUUAAGCCACACAGGGGAGAGACCCCACAACUGCUUGGACUGUGGAAAAAGUUUCAUAAGAAAGUCAAACCUUGUUAAACAUCAGGCAUUACAAACAGGAGCGAGACCCCACAUGUGCUUGGACUGUGGGAAAAGUUUCACAAGAAGGUCACACCUUGUUUAUCAUCAGGCAAUCCACACAGGAGAGAGACCCCACAAGUGCUUGGAUUGUGGGAAAAGUUUCAUAGGGCGGUCAGACCUUGUUAAACAUCAGGCAUUACACACAGGAGAGAGACCCCACAAGUGCUUGGACUGUGGGAAAAGUUUCAUACAGAGGUCACACCUAGUUCACCAUCAGGCAUUACACACAGGAGAGAGACCCCACAAGUGCUUGGACUGUGGGAAAAGUUUCAUACAGAGGUCACGCCUAUUUCGUCAUCAGGCAUUACACACAGGAGAGAGACCCCACAAGUGCUUGGACUGUGGGAAAAGUUUCAUACAGAGGUCAGACCUUGUUAAACAUCAGGCAUUACACACAGGAGAGAGACCCCACAAGUGCUUGGACUGUGGGAAAAGUUUCAUACAGAGGUCACGCCUAUUUCGUCAUCAGGCAUUACACACAGGAGAGAGACCCCACAAGUGCUUGGACUGUGGGAAAAGUUUCAUAGAGCGGUCAGACCUUGUUAAACAUCAGGCAAUCCACACAGGAGAAAGACCCCACAAAUGCUUGGACUGUGGGAAAAGUUUCAUAAGAAGGUCAGACCUUGUUCAACAUCAGGCAAUCCACACAGGAGAAAGACCCCACAAGUGCUUGGACUGUGGGAAAAGUUUCAUAAGAAGGUCAAACCUUGUUCAACAUCAGGCAAUCCAUACAGGAGAGAGACCCCACAAGUGCUUGGACUGCGGAAAGUGUUUCAUAUGGAGGUCUGACCUUAUUAAACAUGGAAGAAUCCACACAGGAUCUAAGCUUCUGUGACACGUGGCAAGAAAGGUUUAAGCAACUUGCAUGUAAUUGACUCAGGGUCAACGUUUAGAGAGAGAUUUUAAAAGUGUGUCCACCUUAGAUAGCUAGAGAUUGAAAUGUAAAUGUGUAUUUUCAAAGACUUGGAAGAAGAGGGCAAGUCAUGUCUGAGUAACCUAAUUGCCUUCUAUGACGAGAUAACUGGCUCUGUGGAUGAGGGAAAAGCAGUGGAUGUGUUAUUCCUUGAUUUUAGCAAAGCUUUUAUAUGAUCUCCUACAGAAUUCUUGCCAGCAAGUUAAAGAAGUGUGGCCUGGAUGAAUGGGCCAUAAAGUGGAUAGAAAGCUGGGUAGAUCGACUGGCUCAACUGGUAGUGACCAAUGGCUCCAUGUCUAGUUGGCAGCCGGUAUCAAGAGGAAUGCCCCAAGGGUCGAUCCUGGGGCCGGUUUUGUUCAGUAUCUUCAUUAAUGAUCUGGAGGAUGAUGUGGACUGCACCCUCAGCAAGUUUGCCGAUGACACUAAACUGGGAGAACUGGUAGAUACGCUGGAGGGUAGGGAUAGGAUACAGAGGGACGUAGACAAAUUAGAGGAUUGGGCCAAAAUAAAUCUGAUGAGGUUCAACAAGAACAAGUGCAGAGUCCUGCACUUAGGAUGAAAGAAUCCCAUUCACUGCUACAGACUAGGGACCGACUGGCUAGGCAGCAGUUCUGCAGAAAAGGACUUAGGAGUUACAGUGGAUGAGAAGCUGGAUAUAAGUCAACAGUGUGCCCUUGUUGCCAAGAAGGCGAACGGCAUUUUGGGCUGUAUAAGUAGGAACAUUGCCAGCAAAUCAAGGGACGUGAUCGUUCCCCUCUAUUCAACAUUGGUGAGGCCUCAUCUGGAGUAUUGUGUUCAGGUUUGGGCCCCACACUAAAAGAAGGAUGUGGAAAAAUUGGAAAGAGUCCAGCGGAGGGCAACAAAAAUGAUUAGGGGGCUGGAGCACGUGACUUAUGAGGAAAGGCUGAGAGAACGGGGAUUGUUUAGUCUACAGAAGAGAAGAAUGAUGGGAUAUCUGGUAGCUACUUUCAACUACCUGAAAGGGGGUUCCAAAGAGGAUGGAUCUAGACUGUUCUCAGUGGUACCAGAUGACAGAACAAGGAGCAAUGGUCUCCAGUUGCAGUGGGGAUCGUUUAGGUUGGAUAUCAGGAAACACUUUUUCACUAGGAGGGUGGUGAAGCACUGGAAUCGGUUACCUGGAGAGGUGGUGGAAUCUCCUUUCUUAGAGGUUUUUAAGGUCAGGCUUGACAAAGCCCUGUCUGGGAUGGUUUAGUUGGGGAGUGGUCCUGCUUUAAGCAGGGGGUUGGAGUAGAUGACCUCCUGAGGUCCCUUCCAACCCUGAUAUUCUAUGAUUCUAAGAGGGGUAAUUGUAGUAGUCUAUGUUUAGCUAUCCAAAGUGUUCCUGUAUUCUGUUAAAUCAGGGAUCAAUAAUUCAGUGAUUAUGCCCAUGUCCCAUGCCACUUGCCCAAUUCCAGCUCAGUCUCUUUGAAUUCACUGGGGGUAGGGGCUGAAGGACGGAGGGAAAGUUUAUAGCUGAAAUUUUGCAAGGUUAGUGUUAAUCGGAUCUGUUCCGCUUUCCUGCUCGGACAUUUUCUCUGGGGAUCCCAGAGACGGAAAGGAGCAGGUGUUACUAUCUUGAGUCCGCAUCCCCAUGGUGACUCUCUACGCUAUCAAUUAUGAAAAUGUGGGCAGAGCAUCCCAAUGGAGGCACAGGAAUGUGUCAGGGGAGGCGCGAUCAGUGUGGGUUGUUGGGUUUUUUUUUUAAAGAGCACUGGCUUUCAGCCCCAGUUGGCUGGGGCUCAUGAGGAAGGAACAGGCCUAUCUGGGAGGUGGGGAUAAAUGCUCAGGCUCUCAAACCCAGGUGGAGCAGCAGCACAGAAGUCGGGGUGGCAAUGGGGUGAUAAGUCUGCUGUGAACAGCGAUAUUGAGGAAUAUCACUCUUCACGUGGCCACCCUAACUUCUGUGCUGCUGUUGGAGGCCUUCAGAGCUGUGCACAUCGCCAACGACUACUCUGCCUUUAGAGCUGGGUGGUGAUACAUGUGCUUUUGAGGGUGUGGGCGUAAAUGACCACAGACACCAAGGUGGGGGUGGCAAUGAAACACAUCUGAGAACCACUGGUCUACACGCUUAUGGGCACCACGUUUAUAAAAUGAUGAAUCUUCCCCAAAGUAUGGCUUGUGAGGUAUCAUGGGAAAAGUCAUCAUCUGCUGAAUAUUAUUGUCCCAUUAAAAUGUGUCUAUCAGCACUGUCCAUGGAGCUCUGAGAGUUUGCUGUAUGUUUGUUACAUGCUGUAAAGCUGGAAAACGCCCACAGACGAGCUCCGCAGAGACAAUGUCACCUGCACACCAGCUAGGUGCUACGUGGCCAGUAAUUGCUCAGCCGGCCAUUCACCAGCUGUGGAGCUGGGAACAGGAGAGUUACAAUUCUCCGGAAGGAUGGCUGUACGCUCACUUAGGCCACAGACUGAUUGUCGCCUGCCCCCCGGCUGGGGGAUGAACCUCAAAGAGGAGAGUGGUAUAAAAGCACAAGGGAGAAUUGCCUCCAUUUUUACCUCUCCUCUCCCAUCUUUACAGAAGGCAACAAGAUGGCUUGAAAGGCAACAGGGGCCUUGGAGUGGGGAGGAUGGACCAGGGCUGGAAGGAAAUCCAGGCUGUGUACUAAAAACUAUGAACUGCCUGCAACAGCAGGUGGGGUGAGAAAACGUGCUUGCUUCGUAUUUUCCUUAGGCCUUGGCUACACUUGCAGAUGUACAGCGCUGAGAGUUAAACCUGACUUUGUACAGCUAAGUAGGGAAAGCGCUGCAGUCUGUCCACACUGACAGCUGCCCAGCGCACUGUUGUGGCCACAUUUGGAGCCUUUGCUGCGCCAUUGGGAGCGGUAGAUUAUGGGCAGCUAUCCCACAGAGCACUUCUUCCCAUUCUUGCGCCAUGGGUUGGGGGAAGGAGGCGUGGGUGCAGGGGACUCUGGGUCCGGUCCCAACGCCCCGUUAUGCAUCGCUUCGCAUCCCAGAAAUCCCUUUGUUUCCAUCCACCUUUAGCAGCAUCUUUCAGCGGUUUCUGUGCAGCGUGAUCUGUCUGCGGGAAAUGGAGCCCGAACUGGUGAGGCUUAUGCUGACUUAUCUCAUCAGCACGUUACGUUUGGCUGUCGAACUAUUCCUUAAGAUCCAAAGUGACAGUGAGAGUGAGGAGUCCGACGAUGCUAUCGAGCCGCGUAACGUGUACGACACAAAAUUGCUUGUGUCAUCCACAAACAUGCUCAGCACCGUGGAACACCGCUUUUGGGCUUGGGAAACAAGCACCGAGUGGUGGGAUCACAUCGUCAUGGAUGUCUGGGAUGACGAGCAGUGGCUGCAGAACUUUCGGAUGAGAAAAGCCACUUUCAUGGGACUGUGUGAGGAUCUCGCUCCCACCCUGCGGCACAAGGACAUGAGAUUGAGAGCUGCCCUGCCAGUGGAGAAGCGGGUGGCUAUUGCAAUCCGGAAGCUGGCAACUCCAGACUGCUACCGGUCGGUCGCAAACCAGUUUGGAGUGGGAAAGUCGACCGUUGGAAUCGUGUUGAUGCAAGUUUGCAAGGCCAUUAAUCGCAUCCUACUUAGAAGAACCGUGACUCUGGGUAACGUGCAGGAAAUAGUGGAUGGCUUUGCACAAAUGGGGUUCCCUAACUGUGGAGGGGCGAUAGAUGGGACACACAUUCCUAUUCUGGGACCACCCCACCUAGGAUCCGAGUAUGUUAAUCGGAAGGGGUAUUUCUCUAUGGUUCUCCAGGCGCUUGUAGAUCACCGUGGGCAUUUCAUUGACAUUAACAUAGUCUGGCCCGGAAAGGUGCAUGACGCACGCAUCUUUCGGAACACUUGGCUGUUCAGGAAGAUGCAGGCCGGGACUUUUUUCCCAGAGCGGAAGAUCACGGUGGGGAAGUCGAAAUGCCCAUUGUGAUCCUUGGAGAUCCCGCUUACCCGUUAAUGCCAUGGCUCAUGAAACCCUACACAGGGAGCCUUGACAGCAGGAAGGAACGGUUCAACUACAGGCUGAGCCGGUGCCGAAUGACUGUGGAGUGUGCCUUUGGCCGUUUAAAGGCCCGCUGAGGAUCUCUGUAUGAGAAGCUGGACUUGGCCGAAAACAGCAUCCCCGCGGUUAUAUCCGCAUGCUGUGCCCUCCAUAAUAUUUGUGAAGGGAAGGGUGAAAGCUUCACUCAGGCAUAGACCUCCGAGGUUCAACACCUGGAGGCUGAAUUUGCACAGCCAGAGAUCAGGGCUAUUACAGUGUCCAAGCGCAGGGCUGCAAAGAUUAAGGAUGCCUUGAGGGAGCAAUUUGAGGCUGAAAACCAGCAGUGAUAUCUGGUGCCCUGCAUGGGAGUGAAGUGCAGUAGUUCCAAUCUUUAGGAAUCAGUGUUUGCUAAGCAGACAAGCAGACUUGCAGUGCCUGUUUAUUUCCUGGGCUAAAGAGUCUUUUACCUUAUACAAUAAUAAAAAAUGUUUUCAAAGCCAAAAAAUGCAUUUAUUAAAAAGAAAACAAAUUUAUUUAUUGAAAAGAAACAAGGGGGUGGAGUGGGGAACGGUACAAUCACAGAUGCGCGUAUGUCCUGUCUGGUGUGCUGUGCAGUGAGUGCUGCACUUCAGGAUAGCUAUACUGCAUGGUGAUGGGGGUUGAGUGCAGAGGGUAAGGGUCAUGGUUUUCAGAGCUGCGUGGUGAAGAUACUGGUUCUGGAGGCAGCUGGUGGUGUGAAAAACACGGAAGUUGGGGAAAGUGGGUUGGAGGUGACAGUGGGGCACAACGGAAAGAGUUUUGGGACAAGAGCUGUCGGGGGGGGGGGGGUCGCGUUUGCAUUUCUGGUACUGCUCCUUCUGCAUGGCUACGAGCUCCUGGAUAGCGUGUGCUUGGCGCUCCAGGAUGCUUAUGAGAUGAUCCGUGCUUUGCUGCCAGUGCUCCAUUCUUUGCCGCCGGUGCUUUGUUUGAGGGCUGGGCUGCACUGUCCUCUGGGUGUCUGUGCCUUGGGGAGAGCCAACAGCUUCAGGGGGCACCUACACUGAACACUGUCCCAACAUUUUCCACAGGAGUUCGUCCCGGACGAUAUCUUCCAGCUGAGGGUGACCUGGGAAGCAAGGGAGGGUCUUCUACUGCAAUGCAGCUUCUGCCCUGGCCCAUAUGCAGCUUGCCUGUGUGCAGCAAUGGUCCCCCUGCCCCUCGCGGCACAGUGGCACGGACACGUUAGCCUGGCUGGGACAAGGACCACGGUGGCUCUCCUGAUAAAGCUGCGCAAGCGCAUUGCACACGUUCUGGAUGAGACAUCCGAGGACGUUACCGAGGCCGAUUACCGUGAUGUGAUAAACCACAUCAAUGCAGUAUUCCGCAUCUAGGCAUGUAUGCCUAACCCUCCUCUCCCAAAGAGCCCGCACGGAAAAAAUUCCUUCCCAGAAAAAAACCCGCUUACCUGGAACCUGCCCUUCUGUUUGUCCUCCACCAAGUACCAUCUGCUGCGACUGGCUACCUUCCUCCUGGCUCAAGAAGAGCUCCUGGCUGCAUGGCUCCAGGGACUCUGGGGUGUCUCCAUCCGCCCCACCACCCUCACUCCCAUUUUCCUCCUCCUCCUCCCCCCCCCACCGGCUCUGAAGUGUCCAUGGAAGUGCUCGGAGUUUAGGUGGGGUUAACCCCAAGUAUCGCAUCCAGCUCUUUGUAGAAUCGGCAGGUCAUGGCGGGAGCACCUGAGCGGCCGUUUGUGUCGCGGGCUGCGGUAGGCCCUCGGCAGCUCCUUCACUUUAAUCCUGCACUGCAGGGCAUCCCAGUCAUGGCCACUUUCCAUCAUGUCCUUUGAUACCUUCCCGAAGGUAUCGGAAUUCCUAUGCUGGAGCGCAGCUGGGACUGGACAGCUUCCUCCCCCCGUACACUGGUGAGGUCCAGCAAGUCGCCAUUGCUCCAUGCUGGGGCUCGCGUUGCGCGUGGAGGCAUGGUCACCUGGAAAGAUUCGCUGAUAGCUCUCCACACCAUGCCGGGCUGAGCAAACAGGAAGGGGAUUUUUAAAAUUCCCGGGGAAUGUAAAGGGUGGGUCACAUGAUUGGUUACCUGAGGCCAGGGCAGUAGAGUUUGAACUGAUGACCAGAGUGGCUAGAACAGGCAUUGUGGGAUACUGCCGAAUACUUCUGGAGGCCAGUCACAGCGCACUGGAUGGCCACGCUGGCGCCGCAGCACUGCAGCAGCAGUGCAAUAGACGCUAUUCCUCUCGGGGAGGUGGAGUACAUGCAGCGCUGCAACCACGGAGAUACAGCGCUGCAAAUGCCUUGCCAGUGUGGACGGGGAGUGAGUUACAGCGCUGGGAGCGGCUUUACAGCGCUGCAACUCGCAAGUGUACCAAGGACUUAGAUUGGUAAAAUUUAGGAUUUAAAAUGCAUGUUUUAAUUUUAUAGUUUUAACCGGUUCUGACCUUUUACAUCUUUCUCUCUUGUAAUCCCUGAAAACCCCCUUGCUCCAGUUCAUAAACUGGUUUUAGUGUUU